AACAACAACAAUUACAACAACACCAUCAUCAACAACUUCAACAUCCCCAAUGCAUGCAACAACAGCAGCAGCAGCAACAGCAGAUGAUGAUGUCUGAAUAUCACGUCAAGAUGGACAGCAUGCCACGGCCGCGUCAGUAGAGCUGUAUCUCGCUCACACUCUCAUUCAAACACACACCUACCCCAUGGACCUACAUCAAGAUCCAUCAUCUACUUACUACAUCAUCCAUCCAUCCAUCCCCUCCACACACAGUAAAAAGCCUUCGUUUCCCUCUCCUCCUCUAUUGAGCCAUAACCAUACCAUUGCUUACUAUCAUUACCGAAUAUAGUACCUAUGCCAUCCUGUAUACACUUCAUUAUGUAAAUAUUUCUCCCCUUUUCUCCUUAUACCCCAAGUCUGCUUUUCCACACCUUCUAUACUAAUCUAUGUUCAUAUGUUGGGAAUACCACAUCACACAAGUUUGGCCUUAUCAGCUUGUAAACUGUCCUCUAUUCCCUAUUCACUCUCUAUCUCUCUAUUUCACUGCACAUAACUUGUUACUACUACCCCAUCUCUUUCGUUCUAUUACUCUAUCGGACCAUCAUCAUCAUCAUCAUCUUUCUCAUCAUCAUUCAACCAUACAUUUAACAACACUUAUUGUACAAAGUUUCAAUGUACAUUUUUUUUUCUUACAAAACCUGUUAAUAUGGUAUUAAUCUUAUUGUUCUGUUUUCUUGCAUUUCACACCAUUUCUCUCUUUUUGUCUUUCAUUUUGUUUUACAUAGCAGCUUUUCACUAUUUCUUUGGGAAUAAAAAAAUUAUACAUAGUACGGUCUCAGAAUUUUUUAUUUUUUUGUGGUGCACAACAACGGCACAUCAUCAAUCAUCAUCAUCGUCACAUGAUGACAUAUUUCUCACGAUUCCCCCAAAAC